GGCUGCAUUACUUGCAAGGCAAAGCGACUAAAGUGUGACGAGUCCAAACCAACUUGUCUCCAAUGUAAGAAGCGGAAUGUGGACUGUGGAGGAUACAAAAAGGAUUUCAAAUGGCGCCCGUUCGAAGAGACUAAUAUUGGUGGCAAAACUGCCAGUGCCAAAAUCAAGAAAGGUGCAGACCUUUCGACGUCCCCCAUCUCACUGCGCCCAUCCAAAGGGCCCAAAAUCCAGCAUGUUGCAUCGAGUCUACCUUCGCUAGGCUCGAGGGGCUUCAUGGACUCUUCUGACCUUUCCUCGAAGGGCGCAUCUCCUCCAAGGCACGCGAACAGCCUCUCGUUGAGUGACAAGGAUCUGUUUCGCUCCUCAGAUGGGCUUGUAGGUCAACUGACACCAGUGAGCUUUGAUGAAGACAUCUUCGGGUCGUCGCUGGCUGAGAUCUCACCCUUUGGUCAUCCUUCAUGGCCAUCUGAUGUAUCACCGGCUGCCGUAGAACAACAGUCAGGGUCGGAGCAGGUUCCAAAACAGGUCCCUGUUCGAUCUGGUUUCCAAAGGCAUGAUAGUUUCAGUUUUGAGGCCUUGAUGGAAGGAGAGAGUGAGGACAUCGAGGAAAUUGUACGGAAUUCCGAUCAAAGCAUGGACUCCGGACUUCUUGACCUGGCAGAGAUCAGCAUGACCCCAUUCUCGCAAGACACCCAAGGGCUAUCCAACAUCUUUAGAGAGCCCCUAUUUGGCAUUGCAAGUCCAGAGAUGCUAGUUCUGCAGUUCGACAGGGUCACUUGUGGGAUAUUAUCUGUCAAAGACGGUGUCCAUGAGAAUCCAUGGCGGACCUUGAUUUGGCCAUUGGCCAAAGAGACUCCGGCUCUGUAUCAUGCUGUCUUUUCUCUCGCUGCCUUUCAUUGGAGUAAAGAGCUUCCCGCCCUGAGAGUACCGGGUAUGGAUCACAUGCGCAAGAGCAUCAGAUACUUGGUGCAAGAUAUGGCGAAGAUGAGACUUGAUGCAGCAUUAGCCACGAGUCUGGCACUCGCAUUUGCCGAGACUUGGGACCAACACACCCAGACCAAUCUUCAUCAUUUAUCAGGAGCCAAGGUGCUCAUCCAGCAAGCUCUCAAUUUCAGCUUGAAAGGCGGGGUGUGUGGAGAUGACCUGGAUAGGGUUCGGUUCCUUUGCAACACCUGGCUGUACAUGGACGUAAUUGCUCGUCUGACCUCUCGUGAAGAGCUGAGCGAUGCGGAGGUGGAUGUUUCGUCGUUGCAACGUCAAAAAGAUGCCGUGCAGGAGAUUGAUCCUCUAAUGGGCUGCGCAACGACUCUCUUUCCGCUGAUCAACCAGGUGGCUCGAUUGAUCCAGCGAGUCCGCACUACGGAAUCGAAUUCCAUCUCCCUUAUUUCGCAAGCGAUAGAGCUCAAACGCCUUGUUGAGCAAUGGGAGCCUCCCCAGUUGUUCGAGCCCCCAGAGGAUCCAUCAUCGGAAGUACAGCAUAGUAUCCAGACAGCCCAUGCUUAUCGCUGGGCGACGCUUCUGUAUCUUCACCAGGCCGUCCCCGAGAUGCCCUCGGAGCCGACGUCAGAGCUUGCCAAACGUGUGCUAAUACUGCUGGCAACCGUUCCUCCCAGUUCUCGAACCCUUAUUAUUCAAAUGUUCCCGCUUCUGGCGGCAGGGUGCGAAGCGGAGCAAGAGGAGGACCGUCAGUGGGUACUGAGCCGGUGGAAAGCCAUCCAAACCCGCCUGAUGCUGGGCUCAAUUGAUCGCUGCAUUGAUAUAGUCCGCGCGGUCUGGGAUCGCCGGGAUGCUUUUGAGAGCGAAAAGCACCGAAGACAGUUGCGUGGAGCUUCUGGACGCGCUACCAGCGCAGCCAUGGAAAUUUUUGGGGGCGAUAGACUAUCUUACGCUAGUCUUAGAUCGGGUGAGCGAAGUGCCGGUAGCAUUUACGCUAAAGAGCAUUGGAGACCCCGACGGAGCUCCGCGUUGUCCCCUCUGGAGAAUAUCGAGUUUGAAAAGACGGUGCGGGGCGGGUUGCACUGGAUUAACGUGAUGGAAGAAUGGGGCUGGCAAGGUAUGAUUGAACUUUUUGAAUCUUUUUGUUUUAUUCAGGGUUUGCUUUUAUAUUCGCACUUAAGGAAACGCGGGCUCAUUUAUAUAGUGUUCCUUGGUUGA